GUGUAGGUUGGGGAACGAGUCACAACAGUCAGUUUAUGUCUUUGUUGAAAAUAGUGAAGAACUUCAAAGAGAAGUUCUUGCAUCCUUGAUUGAUUACGAAAAUCACAAGUGCCUGAUGGAUAACAAUCCUUCAUCUAUUGGAGAUAGACAAACAGAAAAAAUGGAGGACGUUCCCGUGGCGUUCGACAAGUUCCGUCUGUCAGUCCUCCUGAAGGCCGUGUCAAUCUCCCCCUCAGUAGACGGGACCACCCUGGGCCCCAACUCGUCCCCUCCGCGCAGUUCCCCCCAGGAGAACCCCUCCGAGAACAAUCAGAACUCCGCGAACAUCAGUCCCCCGAGGCCCUCAAAGUCCCCAGGCGCAAAACCAAAGCCCUCCACCUUCUCAAUCGAGAAAAUCCUCUACGAGAAUGAGCUCCAGCGCCGCGAGGAGGUCCUCAAGGCAGUGAACAGACGAAAGAAGGACAUGGAGGCCUUCCAGGAGAGGCUCCAGCGGGAGAAGGAGGUCAUGCUGGUGGAGCUGGCGGCCAAGAGAGAACGCGAAAUGGCGGCUGAGAAGGCGAAGCAAGAGGCAGAAGAGAGGCGUUUUGCCCAGCAAGACGAGCUCAAACGUCGCCACGAGGCACAGCUGCAGGCGCAGCGGCUCCAGGAGAGGCAGGAGAAGCUCAAGAGGGAGACCGAUGAGCACAGGAGACUCAAGGAACACGAGGAGUGCCUGGAGAAGAUAGUCUCCUGCCGAGGAAAAUUCACUGAGAGCUACACGGAAAUUGGUCGACUGGCAACAUCACUCAUCAAGAAUAAGAAUCUCAUUGGGCAGGUGGUGGGGCCUUUCACGAGCAAGUUGAAGGAGUUCAGCACGAGGAUUGAUGGCAUCAUCGAGGGGGGAAAGACUGGGGGAUUGACGAGAAACGAGGUGAAUGAUGUGGAGAGUGUGCUGCGUGAGGCGGAGGAGAUUUUCACGGCUUGCAGGGCUGAGGUCACCAGGAUCAACGAUGAAUGCUUGAGGAGGGAGCAGGAGAUGCUGGCACAAAAUACGGCUAGUGGGGGUCAUGGGGCGCCUGAUGGAGUACCUCGUGCAGCGCCUGAUGGGGUGGAUGGGAGACAAUUGGAGAAGAGUACCGAGGGGAGUUCCAAUAAUGAACCGGUGGAGGCGCCACGAGCGCCCGAGGGGAAUCCCAGGGGCUUGGAGGAGAGCGUCGCUGUGAAGGGGAUACAGGUGUAUUUGAACUCCAAGAGCUACCUGGAGAGGUACAGGGGGGCCUUCAGGCAGCUCGAGGAGGUCGAUCCCGACAGGAGGUACAGGAUGGACUGCGAGAAGAAGCUCAAUAUUCUUGUCAAGGGCAUAUCCCAAAAUUUUUCUUCUUUGAAGGAGAUUGUUAGGAAGUUUGGGAGGAACUUCGAAGGGAAGGGACCUGCCGAGCUGGCGUUUGUGAAGAAUUGCGUGGCUGAGACCAUUGUGGAUGAAGUUAAAGACUUUGCGGAGCAGAAAUUCGGGAGAAUCUACGCACUGGCAGCAGUGGUGGUAUCUCUGUGGUCUCAAUACCCAGACUUUGGGGAUCUAGUUCUCUCGUAUCUCCACAUUCACUGUCCCUACAUUAUCCCAGUGGUGAUGCCUCGUUUUCAGGGACAGAGUGACGAGAAUUUUUACAGUAGUCGAGGUUACACAUACUCGAAUGGAGUCAGAGAGCACGAGGAGGCGUUUCUGAAGAGGAUGGAAAAAUUCAUGAGGUUCUAUGCUGCUAUUAUUAUAACGAAACUGCCGAAAGGCAGCAUUCCGAGGCAUCCUCAUGGAUUGGCGAAUGCCUGGAGGUGGUUGGCUACUAUUUUGAAUGCUCAGCCACGUCAGGACGCCAUUGAAAUCUACCCCAGGCUCAUCAAGGUCUUCUUGGAGUCCACUGGACAUGCCAUGCUGCAGUGGUAUCCAACACAGUUCAGGAAGCUGCUUAGGGUUGUCGCUGAGGACUAUUGCUCGUUGCUGGCGCAACGUGCGGACGAUGCCAAUGCACCUGUUGACGUCUUGAAACAGCAGCAUGUUGCUAUUACACUGUUGAAGCGUUUUGUGACUGAUGUUAUUGCUAAGGACUCGAUACCUCCACCUGAUGGACAACUCUCUGGGAACUUUUGGUGAGGGACUUCAGGGAGAAGUGGUGGAAUGAGAUGGACAUUCAGGGGAUGUCAAUGUUUGGUUGAGAAAGGUUUUCUUUUUGUUGAUAUUGAUAUUAUUUUUAGAAAGGUGACACGGGAAUCAUUGAUGUAGGAAGAUUUUGGGUCUUUUUGGUUGGGCAUUUAUCUUAGAGAAGAGGGUGGAGGGAUUUUUGAGAGCUGAAGAAACUCUGAAAAAAAAACAACUUUGAAGCUCUUUUUUUGAAUCUAAUUCAGACAUCUUUCUUGAAAGUUCGGGUUUGACAUUUUUUGCUAUUCUACAUUUAUCUCUGAUGUGAGAAUUUUUUAAAUGAAUAUGAAGAUGUUUUAUAGCUUAAGUCCUUUACAAGAAAAAAAAUGACAUCGAAAUAACUCAGCAUUAGGAAAUUGUGUUUUUCAUGGAGUCGUGACAGAUCGGAUUUUUGUUUUUUCUUGAUUGCGGAUUCAUCUUCGAAAUGAGUAAUUUGAGGAGGAAAUGAGGAGAUUUGUUUUUUCUAGCUGAUGAAUUAUUCUACACAAGGGCCCAUUGACAUUCUCUUUUAAAUGCACUCAUUAUCGAGAUAAUUCUACAAUGAAGAAGAUAUAUUGAAUUCACAACUGGAUUUAAAUUCUCAUAAAAUAAUUCAAUGAAGAUUUAAAUCAACAGACUUUAGAAAUUGAAAAACCAUUUUUGUAGCUGAGGAAAUUCUUUACAAAAAAUGUCUUCCAAAAUUUGCCUAAAAACACUCAUUAUCGAUAUAAUUAAAAAAUCGUAACGAUAAAUUGAUUCGUUACAUAAAAAAAUAGUCCCCAACGUCUGCCUUCAGCCAUCUGAUAUCGAAAUAAUGCAAUAUUAAAAACACGUGGUAUUUUUUUGGAUGUUCUCACCACUUCACCACUGAAUUCUCUUACCAAACCAUCAGACCCAAUCAACUUGACAUCCCUGAACAGUGCAGAUGUGAAACGAGGAUGAUUUCAAAAUUUAGGAAAUAAAUUGAUUGAAUGGACAAUUGUAUGUAUUUUCGACAUUUUUUAUUUAGACUAAUAGUGAAAAAUAAAGAAUUAACUGUUAAAAAAACAUGUACUAUGGAUAAAUCGGUAUUUUAAGAUAUUUUUACACUUCCAUCCUUCAACAGGAACACUCAGAUAACAGGUAUUUUGUUCAUUUUUUUAAAUGCACAGGGUAUUUGCGCAAUGCAGCAUUUGGAACAAUUCGCAAUUUUAGUCAGAACUGAGGAAAAAUUAGUAUCCAAUGGAAAAUAAAUCCUCAGUGAACUGGUGAAACUUUUUUGGUGGAUCUAGAGGUGACACAAAAAGUUUCGUGAUGACUUUUCUGUAGCUUUCAAUCCCCUCUCCUAGAAAAAUUCCCACGAAAAUUUUCCCAUCCCCUCAGAUUUUGAAACAUUAAAAAAUCAUUGGGUCAGUUUUUCAUCUCGUUUCACCAAUUCACUACUCUACUCUCCCAGAAAAUCUAAACUCAUUAAAUUCAGUGAACUCUAUCCUCAUUAGUGUUACGUAACACCAAGUGCCAACAUGACAGUGGCAAUGAUGGCAGCCAUAAAUUCCCGA